GCAAGAUUGAACAUCAAUAUGUUAACGCAUCAAUCCAUUCAUUCAUUCAUUCAUCGCUGCGGUUUGUCCAUCCAUCCCCCCGACGGAAGCCGACGAGCACGUCCCAUCCCUGCGUAUGUACGUAUAGACAGGCGCUGCAUGCACGGCACAGAUGCAGUCAGUCAGUCAUUCUAUCGAUCCGAUCCCCACUCACUCACUCGCCGCCCUCCCACCCACCCACCCGGCCGACCACCUGCCUGAUCGACUCCUGCGUCCGUCCUACAUGCCUACUGGCGGUUUCUUUUGUCGACCAUUCUCGCAUCGUGCGGCAGCCUCCGGCUCUGGUCGUCCCACAGCGUCCUGUCCGGUCCCAGGUAUGCGCUAAUGAAGGCCAGCUGCAGGCAGUGCAGGAAUCGACACAUACACACAGGCCUGGACCAUCCAUUCCAAGAACACGUCUGUCUGUCUGUCUGUGUGUCUGCGUACCAGGCCAGAGUCAACGUAGACGCUGAUGCAGUUGGGAUCGAUGCGCCUCUGCUUGGCGAUGGGGACCGCGUAGUCCUCGUCUGGCUGUAGUGCGCGUCUGUCGGUGGUCGCAGGGAAGUCGGAGGGCACACGGCCGUUCUUGGCGUACAGGUACAGCACGACGUGCGGCUUCUCGAGGGCCUCCAGACGCUUCACACUGGCCUGGGUGAACCACCUGCACACACACGUAAAUACUCGCGCGUGGAUCACAACGGUGUCGUGUAUUUUGUUGUUCACUUGGUGCAGUGGGCCGUGAGCAACUGCCCCAGCUCGCGGAAUGCCUUGUCGACCAUGUCGCGCGUCAUGACACUCCGGUCGUGCUUGAGGCCGAAAUGGAAUGGCACCUCGAACGUCUAUGUAUGCGAGAGAGGAUACAGACAUACAUACAUACACACAGACAGACACACAGACAGACAGACACCAACCACACACAGUAAAAUGCACUCAUUCUGCCUCUCCAUCCCUAUCUAUCGGUCCGUCUCUCUCUGUGUUGGUCGCUUACAAAGUGGCGGUGUGUGGCAUUGUGGGCAUUGUGUGUUGUGGUGGUCAUGGUCAUGGCGGCGUACUCGGCCUGUGACUUGUUAGUCCCCCGGUCGCCGAUGCGCCUCGACCUGCCACACAGCACACAGGUGGGUGGAUCUAUGUCUGCCUGCUGUUGAUUGGCUGGCUUACAAAAAGCUGGAAACGGUGAAGGUGAGCUUCGUCUCGCCUGGCCCGGCCGUCUCGCCUGGCUGUGGUUGUGAUUGUGGUGGUGGUGGUGGUGGUGGUGCCGGCGGCUGUUGCUGUGGUGCGGCCCCCAAAUGGACGGGCAUGUACGGGCACAACACCUGGGGGGCGUCAGCCAGCUUCCACACCUGGCCGACACGCCAUGCCACACCACAGCACCAUCAAACAAACACAUAUAGGUGUAGAUGUCAUGUCCGUCGUUCUGUAUUCCUGCGUACGAAGAUCGAUGGCGCUCCCAGUAUCGACUUGAUGAGAAUGUACGCCCGCUCCGCACCAAACGCCUCCUCGGGAAACACAGCCGCCUCCUCGCCUGAUGGAUGAUACACACCACACCACACCCCAGUGCACACACACAUACACACAGACAUGACCCAUGUGCUCCCCGUACGCAGGAUUGUGACGUCGGUUUCCUGGUCGUUGACCCACAUGCGCACCGCCUGCCGCAUCAGGCGCGGCACUGCGCUGACGGGGAACUCGUUCACAGCAGACGGUGGCCGGUCGGGCAAGCUCUUGGGUUGCUGCCGGCGGAUGCGCUGCUCCUUGUGCUUCGGCUGUAUGUGACACAAAGUGAAGACGAACGUUCCUGCCUCUGGUUGCCUCCUUUUGCACCACUUUGCGUACCACUUUGCGGCGAGCAUCGCUAUCCUGAUAACACAACAGAACCCACCAAGGACAGAUGUGCUGUGCUGUGCUGUACUGUCCUGUGGGUGGCCUGCUGCUGGCCACAGGCCACAGCCAGCACGUACCUCGUCUAUGUCGUCGGCGUCGGCCUGCAUCUCUCCCCCACCCUCAGCUACACCAUGACUAUCAUCAACACCAGACGCCGCCUGACAUCCAGGUGUGCAUGCAUGCCGUGACCAUCACAAUACAUCACAAAGUGCACUAUUGGGCAUACUGUAUUUCCGUACCUGCUCGUGAUCUGCACCAUCAUCCCUUGCGAUGGUGCCGCCCGACUCGUCGUGGCCGUCUGCUGUGGUGGUGGGCUGGGGCGCCGCACUCGCGCUGCUGGCAGGCUCAGACUGCUGCGUCACCUGCGCCAUGGUAGGGGGACGCACGGGCGACUGGGCCACGAGCUGAACAGGCGACGAGGUGCCAACACACCACUAUGAUAUGAAAUGGGCGACACCCCUCAAUACGCC